AUUCAUUUAAUCAGAAACUGGACACUGAAGCAGCAGCUCAUCGAUAUGACGAGAGCAAAAAUACCGAGGAUAGGACAUUCUAUCAGUCAAUAAACUGAGAAUUAUUUCUAAUGUUUAAUCUGGAAUCACGCUAUAAAAGUGCUAAAUGGAGAAUCCUCUGACAGGAACUUUGUAGUUGAGACGAUGAAGACUCUAAGCUGCAUGCACUUGUCAACGUGUGAAGAUUAUCAGCAAAUAAUCAUGUAAAAAUUUCUCAUAAAUAGGUGACCUGCUUUAUGCCAGAUUACGGAUGACUAUGAAGGGAUCUCUGAAUGAACCACGCUUUUCUGUCGAGCUGCUGGAAGGAAGCGCAGCUCUCCGAGAUGUGAUCGAUAAACACAUCCGUGAUCAAAAUCUUGCACUAAAGAGUGCAUUUUUUGUGGCUGACCUGGGGGUGAUUUUGCGGCAGCACGUUCGCUGGAGAGCUAAACUGGACCAGAUUCGGCCUUUUUACACGGUCAGGAGCAACAGCAGCCCUGUGGUCAUUGAAAUCCUGGCGGCUCUCGGCACGGGCUUUGUUUGUUCAAACAAGCAUGAGCUGGACUUGGUGAAGGGCUUUGGCGUCCCCUCUCAGGACAUCGUUCUCGGAGGCACGUAUAAACAGCUGUCCCUUAUCAAACACGCAGCCAAACACAACAUCUCCGUCCUGGUGUGUGAUAACGAGGCAGAGCUGAGGAAGAUUGCACGAUGUCAUCCCAAAGCAAAAGUGUUGCUGCUGUUGACUUCGGAGAGCUGUUGCGAGCGCGAGGAGACGCUCAUGCCGUUCGGCUCCACGCUGAAGGACUGCAGACAUCUGCUGGAGAGAGCCAGAGAGCUCGGUCUGCAGGUUACAGGAGUCAAAUUCAGCGUUCCCAGUUGUUGUCAGGAUGCACAAGCGUUCUCUCGUGCUGUUUGUGACGCCCGGUGUGUUUUCGAUAUGGGGGAGGAGCUUGGCUUUGAGAUGAAUCUUCUGGACAUCGGAAGCGGAUUUGACGGAAGUGAGGCACAGUUAGACGAGGUCGACCAGAUGCUAAAGCCCAUGCUGGACGUGUAUUUUCCUCUCUCGACCAGCUUGUCUAUCAUCGCUGAACCCGGGGUUUAUUAUGUGUCAUCUGCCUUCACGCUGGCCGUGAAUAUAAUCGCUAAGAAGAGCGUGGCUCGUGAUGUCAGUGGUCAAGCACACAAUGCACUGUCUGCGAACGGCGAGCCUGAGUUUCUCUACUACAUGAACGAUGGGGUUUAUGGGAGUUUUGGCAGUAAGUUGCUGUGUGAAGAUUCGAUAUCGAUGCCUUCGGCACACAAGGAGGUGAGCGCAGAAGAGCCGCUGUUCUCCAGCAGUCUGUGGGGUCCGUCUGCUGAUGAUCUGGAUCACGUGCUGGAGCGAUGUCUGCUUCCGGAGCUCCGUGUCGGAGACUGGCUGCUCUUUAAGAACACAAGGGCCACAUUCACUAACGGAGAGGAACACAAACCACCCGUCUUCUACAGCAUCACCGAAUCUGACUGGCUACAGGUUCAUAACUGCGGCCUCACUUUGGACGUGAGGAUGAAGAACCUCUCUCUGGUACUGUGCUGCUUGCAACCAAACAUAUCCCAGGCGUCCGUUUCCACCCCGGCGUAACAUAAAGCCCCUGAUUAAUACCAUUAUCUCGACUAAGCACUUAAGAACCUGGGCUCUUCUGAUGAAGCUUCAGCUGCUUUGAAGAAGUUUGGAAAGAAGUGUUAUUGAUGGGUGCCAUCAGCUUUAACAGAUCUCUACACAUAUGCAUUUAAUUAUAUUGAAGUCAGUUUUAUUAAUAUAUACACACGUAAUAUUUCCUCUUACUAAUGGAAUCAGUCAUGUACCAAGUUAUUUAUUAAACCUCCAGUCUAGUUUCAUGAGAUGCUUUUAAAGAAA